CACCUUCCCUGCCAGGUUAAAGGCAAGAACUGGAGGGAACAGCACUGUUUACAGACACCACAACAGACUACUAUAACUCCUCACAGGGAUGUUAAAAUGCCAAAACUUUUGUUUUCAAAGAUUCGGUUUUAUGAAAUUAAGGAUCUUGUACAAAAUGUGAAGCGGCCAAGAAGAAAUGAUAUUCUCAGUCGAAGGAAGCGUAAGAAGGACAUCAGGUGUGUCAUGGUAAAAAAGUUAAAUGAUGAAACAUAUCCUUCGAAACUUAGUUGGCAGAAUGACCAUAAACUCCACCCAAGUCUGGAAAAAUUGCUACAGGACAAAAAAUAUUUAGCAGCUUUCCGCAGAUUUCUGCAGUCAGAGUUCAGUGAGGAAAACAUUGAGUUCUGGCUCUCAUGUGAAGACUUUAAAUCGACCGCUUCACCUGACGACCUUCGCUUGAGAGCAGAGGGAAUCUACCAGGAGUUCAUCAAGCCUACGGCCUGCAGAGAGAUCAAUGUUGACCACCACAUCAGAGAGGAAAUCAAGAAAUCUUUGGAGCAGCCGAGCCUUUCCUGUUUCGACGAGGCCCAGAAACACGUUUACCUGCUGAUGGAAAGAGACUCAUGCCCCAGAUUCCUGCACUCAGAUGCCUACCUGAGUCUGAAGCACAAAUCCAGAAGUCUUUGGUACAUUUAGCUCAAAAAACCAUAUCAAAAAUGGUUUUUUUUUUCCAAUUCUCACUUUCUGUUUCUUUUUUUCUGCUUGACUAAAAAAGUUAUUUUACACUUUAGAGAUGUGGAUCAGUUCCUAUUCUGUUCUUUUAAAGGCAGAGCAUCUCUCUGUUGCUUUAAACCCAAACUGAUCAACCAUGUGAAACAUCAACCCAUGAUGGCAAGAUGAUGCAUUGAUGAAAUGUUGUGGAAAAUAAUAAAGCAGGAAAGGAAAAAAGUCAUGUGAGUGGAAAAAGUAUAUGUACGUAGGAGAGAAAGAAUGCAGUUGGAAUGUGUCAGUGCUUCAGAUGAUUGCAGAGCUUGGAGCCGUUUGAAAUACUGUGUGUGUUGAUGAAAAGUCUUUGUAAGUAAAGGUGCAGAGUACAGUUUGAUAAAUAAAAGGUUUCUGACAUGUAGAAUGAAAUGACCUAGUUUUCAUUAAAAGUGUCAUAAAUGGGCA